ACACGCCCUUGAUUUUUAAAGUUGAUCUUGAAUAGCUAUAGGGAUUGGAAAACUAAAAUUUAAAAGAAAAAGUAAGCGCAGUUUUGAUUUCCUUUCACUAGGAUGUGACGUAGCAGUCCAAAGAAGAAUCAGAUUAAACACGGAGAGUAUGCAGAAUGAAGAAUGUGUACAAAUGGGUUACUGCUUUGAAAAGGAAAAUAUACCAAAUCCAAAAUGUUACAUGAAAAAAGGUUCUGCUGGGAAACGAUACGAGUCAUCCAUAAAAAUGACCUCAAUGUUUGGAAAGGAGCUGGGAAAAUCAAUUAGUCAAAUCCAGUGCUCAUUAAAAUGUACACUUGAUGAAAAUUGUGUUGAUGUUGUGUUUAAACCAACCAGUGGCAACAAAGGAAAUUGUUAUGUGGCUACCGGAGAUCACGUGUCAUCAGCUGACCAUGCAAAAUCUGGCUACAUAAUUAAAUCUGUGAAACCAUAAUGAAAGGUUGAACGUGCAAAAGUUAUAUAACUAUUAUUGCUGUGUUGCGACAUCAAAUUGGAAUGCAAAGCUACGACAGCAUUUUGUUUAUUAGGUAUUUUUUGAAGUAGUUGUGUUUACCGCACUUACUUAUGAUAAUAUUGACCGUAAUCGCUGGUGUUCAGCGACCUAUUAGAUUUUUGAGAUUUUUUUUAAACUGAGCAAUAACUGUGCAAUGCGAAAGGAAAUUUUUGUUUUGGACGAACAUUACUAGUAAUUUGCUGAUUAAUCGAAGAAUAAAGGGCCGCUUAGCCGAUUUAUGAUGGUAUUUUGUAAUUCUACAAGCAUAGAAUUCAUAUAUAAAUUUAAAAGCACUAAGCAAGCCUAAUUUUUUUACGCUCUAUUUCUAAUAAUAUGUUGUUUCGAUUACUUUGAAGUGUGUUGAAGUUGACGCAGCAGUUUUACCGUACUUACACAACAAACUGCUUAGACUCUUUUGUAAAUAUUUAAUUCUGUUUAGUUUUGAAUUCAAAAAACAUUUAUUACGACAACUUUUUGUACAAAUAACGAUUGUAAUAUAGUAGACGAGAAUUUGUUGUGUUUUCAUGCAUAAAAGUGAAUUUCAGCUAUACAUGAUUUGUGAUUAUAUUUUUUUCACCUCCGCUGUUAGCUUUAUCGAACAUAAACAAGGCGUAUCAUCAGACAGAGAUAGGAGCCUAUUAUUUAGGUUUUUUCAAUGUCUGAUAUAAAAAAUAGCAAUUUCACUGUAUCAGCAUAAAUUUUUGAAAUUCAGUUUUAUCUUAAAUAAUAAAUUAAUCCUGUCCUGUCUCGUAUUUGUUAACAGCACGCUGCCGUUUUUAAAUUUUUAAAGUUCGCCCCAGGCCACGUAGCUAUGUCAUUGUUUUAUCGAGUGAUCUCCGCUGCUGACAUCAUAGAGAUCAUCA